GUCAGCUGCUGGUCAAUUCUUUGUUCGUCAUAUUAAUAUUUUUCUGAAAUUGAGUUGAAUAAACCUCGUAAAGAGCUGCCAAUUUGAACAAAUAGGAAUGUUCAGGCUGUUUGUGAUAACAAAUGUGAAUGAAGUCGAUUUAGGAAACACUUAGCCGUGGAAAAACCUGUGAAAUCCACGAUGAGUCGUCGAUCGCUGAACUGAUGUUAUUCAAUAACUUAUUGUUAUUGUUUAUGUUCACCACACUGGAGAUGCACACGCUGGAAAUAGUUUGAAGGUCGACCAACCAAUUUACCAAUUUGGAGCUUCAAGUUAUCUGUCUGAUGAGCCACCAUGUCAGUUUUCAGCGUUACAAGUCGUUUGGUUCAAGCUCAACAAGCAAGCGCUCCCAUUAAACAUCAAGAGGAAGGACACAUCAAAGCAGGCCGCUCAGCAGAGGAAGAUUUAACCAAAGCUCUCCGACAUCAUGGUGUUCCUCAUGCUCAUAUCUUCAGAGGUCUUAGAGUACCAGAUGGCUUCCAGACUAGGAAAUUUGAGAUUGAUCUUGUUGUAAUAACUGAUAAUGGGUUAUUCACCAUUGAAGUGAAGAACUGGUCAGGUAAGGUCACCCUUGGAUCUGAUGGCAAAUCUUGGAUUCAACACAAAUGUUCCUACUCUGGCAAAGACACCAGUGUGUCCUAUGAUGAGAAACAUGAUGACCUCAUUGCAAACCUCAAACUGAAGACACAGCUGCUGCGGAAUCAUUUGCUAAGAAACGAUGUCUGCCUUGCUGAGAAAUUCUUUCAUCCUCGCAUCGUGUUAAUGAACAAGAAGGUUGAACUUCAAGAUGUUCUGGCAUCUAAGCUUGAGGUUGUGUCUUCGUUACGCUAUGAGGCUUUCCUAGAAUCCUUUGAGAAGAGUCUAGGUUGGAGUAUGGCAAGUGCCAUUGUUCCUUCAUUUCUUACAGGUCAGCUAUCGUUUAGUGCAAUGGAUGCAGCAAGGCAAGCAUUGAAUAUCAUUGGAACUUGGGAUGUUGUUUGCUUAAAUGGAGAUAAACAGAUCUUUGGUGAUUUCAAGGGAUGUGCUCAUUUUACUCCAAACCGUGAGGAAACAGGAAUGCUGGAGUUCUGUCACCAAAGAAAUGCAUCUAUUUCAUCCUUCUGGGCUGUGCUUGGCUAUUCGCCUCAGGUUGUUGUGACAAUGCACAAGCGUUCAGGUGGCAGCUGGCUGUGGGGGACCAGUUGUGGGUCGGUGACCAUCCCAUACAAUGCAGAGAUUACAUUCCGUGGAGCAGGGGACCAGCAAGAUUCUAAAAUUCCUGCUAACGACAUUCAGAGUAUUUCCCUAAGCAUUUAAGAGAGAGUGGAGAGGGGGGGGGGGGGG